UCGAGGCCAGGUAUGAUGGGCCGGAAAUUGGACCUGUCAGGCCUGACGGAUGACGAGGCGGAGCAUGUCUUGAAAGUGGUCCAGCGGGACAUGAAACUGCGAAAGAAGGAGGAGGAGAGGCUGAGUGAGAUGAAGCAGGAGCUGGCGGAGGAAGGCAACAGAUGCUCCAUCCUCUCCAAACAGCACCGCUUCAACGAGCACUGCUGCAUCCGCUGCUGCGCGCCCUUCACCUUCCUGCUCAACCCAAAGCGCCAGUGCCUGGACUGCCAGUACAACGUCUGCAAGACCUGCUGCACCCACAGCAAGAGGGACAAAGCCUGGCUCUGCUCUGCAUGCCAGAAGGGCAGGAUUUUGAGAACACGGUCCCUUGAAUGGUAUUAUAACAAUGUGAAGAGUCGUUUCAAGAGGUUUGGCAGUGCCAAAGUUUUGAAAACUCUUUACAGAAAGCACAUUAUCGAAAGAGGAGCGCUAUCUGAUCUCCCAGAAAGCAGUGUUCACGAGGGAAGCACCGGCAAUGACAAUGAUGGCAGCAUCUGUGGCAGUGACUCCGCCUUCUACAAACAGAGUGAAGGACACAGUAUGGCAGAGACACUCACAGUCGCCUUGCGUGUUGCUGAGGAGGCUAUAGAAGAGGCCAUCGCUAAGGCAGAGGAGUUCAGUGACAGCUUGGAGAAGCAGAAUGAGGCUCGGUAUCUGCGGGACCACAAAGAGGAGCUCAUAGAGGAACUUGCCACAACCAUUGUACAAAAAAUCAUCCAGAGGAGGAAGCGUUCUGAGAUGCAGACAGAGUACGACUUUGUCUGGCCUCAGCCUCAGCCCCUGAUCCAGUCCAGUGAACUGCCCUCUCCAUCUCAACCUCACACUUCUUCACAAGGACCACAGGACCCCCUCAAGACCUCCUACUCCCUUUGGCGGUCACGGUCAGCGUUCUCCCUCACCAGUGACGACUCCCCAGAGAAGGGUCCAGAGGAGGAGGGCGCCGGAGCAGGUGGUGGCUUGCAGGGGUAUGCUUCCCUGAAGAGGGAGGCCAAGGCCACUUCUCUACCCAGCUGGAAAAGUGUUGAUCGCCUGGACAACUCCAGUGCAUCUUCAGUGCUCCAAAGCUCAGACGGUAACUGGAUCGCUCUGCACAGUUCUCAGUUGUCACGGCCCAGCCUGCUAACCAAGAGGAAGAGCCUGGUGUUCAGUGUAUUGGAAAAGGAGUCAGGCGUUGUCUCAGCUUACGAUGAGAUGGGAUCUGACUCUGAGGAGGAGAAUGAAGGUGGCUGGGGUGCAGCAUUGAGACAGUUUCGUCGCAAACUGUCAGACGAGACUUACUACACAGACUCACAGCAUGACCCAGAGUGGACGUACACUAAGCACCUUCCCAUUACCUCACCAUCCUCUGGCCAGUACACCAACACAGAGACUCUCAACUCAGACUCAGAGGCUUCGUCAGUGCUGUCCGCAUGUCCUCGCAAACCACCUAAUAACUUGUUGGGGAAGAAAGGACCACUAAAUACACACUUGCACCCUAAUCACCAGCCCCUAUACCACCAACCUCUUCACCAGAACUUCUCUCCGUAUCCUCUCCAUUCACAGGCUCUGGAUGUGAACUUAAACCCUAAGGUGAUGGGAGACAGCAGUGAGGCAGAGGAGAGGAAGAGCGACCCUGUCAGAAGGUCACGGAGACGCCGGAAAAGCAAGAGAGAGCCAUCAACAGAGCAAAGCAGGCCUGGAGGCCAGAGUCACGCACAGUCCAUCUACCCCUCAGUACAGGAGAACAGUGGUUUUCUGCUCAACACCCUGCUGAAGAGGGGUUUAAUUGAGGAAUUGCCAGUACCAGAAACUAUGCCAAUGGCCACAGCUGCAACAGAUGCCUGCAAAUUAGAUGCCAUAAUACCAGAGCCGGAAGACUUGGACACAGUGGCCCCAAAUUCAGCGACCCGGUGCCCCCCCCAGCCCCACUCUCUAGCUCCAGGGUCCCAGCACUCAGCCAGCAGCUCAGGGCCUGGAGACCCUCUGGAAGAGGAACUACGUUCCAGACUUGGCCAGCUGGUCAACUUUGCCAACAGCAAAGACAGCAGCUCAUCUGAAGAGGAGUGCACAAAGUGGCCUGUGGACAAACAGUCAGAUAAAGAAAGUGACAGACAGAGAGAGAAAACAAGCCCAAAAGACACAGAAAGAGAGAGGUAUAGGCCAAGUGACAGAUUAAGGGACAAAGUAAGUGAGACAGUGGAAAAAGUGAAUGGACAAGAGAUGAAAAGUAAUGAGAGACUAAUAAAGAGUCCUUCGGUGAGAGAAGAAGGAAGGGUUCGGGAGAGGAGGUUAGAGAAAGGAGUGGAAAGUUUGGAAGAGAGAGUAGAUGACCAGAAACAAACAAGAGGAGACAAAAUAGAGCCAAAUGGACAAAGUAAGAGACAGCAUAAAAGAGAUGUGGAGAUGGAAACCGGACAGAUAGAAGGAGCAGGAAGGAGGAGUGGCUCAAGUGCAAGUUCACCUGCUAUUACAACUUCUUCCCAGGAGGGGGUGCUUUCAGACAACCAGGAGGGACAGAAUGACUUGGAGCAACAGCAGAGGCUUCAGUUGCUCUCCUCUCUCUUACAGCAGCAGAAGUACUCGGCAGCCUCUCUCUGCAGCAUCACAACAGAGGUGCUGAAGGUUUUGAAUGCUACAGAGGAGCUGAUUGGUGAGGCGGGAGGUGAGAGCUACACCCCAUCUGAGACCAUGAGUGCUUCUCCCAUCUCCAGCAGCUCCGAGACCCACAGGCUGGACCAGAGGCUGACCAAGAUGGAGGAGAAUGUGUACCUGGCUGCUGGUGCUGUGUACGGCCUUGAGGGGGCACUGGGGGACCUAGAGCAGUGUGCCCGCAACAUUGGCAGUGGUACAACAGACACAGAGCUGGCCUUCCUGGAAGACCAGGUAGCCACUGCAGCUGCUCAGGUCCAGCAGUCUGAACUACAGAUAUCAAACAUUGAGGCCAGGAUAUCAGCUCUGAAAACAGCUGGGUUGAAUGUGACUGUCUGCAAUCACUCCUCCAAGUACAAGCCAAAGGCUAAGCCUCAAGCUCUGGACUCAUCACGCCAUCAAAGGAGGAAACUUCCAGCACCUCCAUUGAAAGAAAAGUUGGAGCCAGAGCAGCCGGGGAAGAUGUUUCGGCCAUAGUGACAGUCAGCAGCACAACGAGUCCCUCAGAGCCCCAGGGACAGGGGCCGUUCUCAUCCAGUGCCUUGAUCCAGCAUCCGCCUCCAGCUCCAAGACAAGCAGGGACCAACAUCUGCCCUAUGUGACCCACCAAGCACUCAGCCCUAAGCCAGGCACUGUACCAUGUCAGUCAAACACCUCACAUAAGACAUGACUAGCUCUGACCCUUUUUCCACUUUAUCCUCCAUUUCUUCCUCAUUAUCAAGAAAGGAUGACUCGACAGUUGGUAUCUCUGCCUUAAUAUCUGCAAACACUCCUCAUGACCCAACUCCAAAAGAAUAUCUGUACAGAAAAAAUAAGAACUUGUUUCCUUUUUCUAUCAGUUUGCAAGAGUA